GCUGAAACUCCGCGAUGGUGAACGGUUGGCCAGCCAUUUUCUUCCCUGUUUCUCGCAGACCGGAAGUUCGCCUGUCUCUCCUGUGUUGUCUCGCUUCAAAGCUGGAAAACUAAGCAAGCAGGUCAAGAUGUUCUCAGGCUACCAGGAGCGGGAAGAGUACGAAGACGAGCUGUAUGCCGAGGAAGAACACGCGGACGUCUCCGAGCCUGACAGCGACCUCGAGUUCCAGCUCUAUUCCCAGCUCCACUAUUGCACCGAGAACCCUGAGGAGAACCAGACGAGCUCCGGUCACGAGACCCCUCAGGAACCUCAACCUGGCCGGAGAGUCCAACCUCCCGCCGCUCCUCCGGAUGAAGUCAUCCUGAUCGACUCGGGGCCGGACGUCAUCACGCUUUCGGAUAACACAGAGGAGGAGGACAGCGUGUGUGCCAGGAAAGGUCAAAGGUCAAAAGGGAAAGGAGUGGCUCUCGUUUCACAGCCUCAGCAUCUUCGUGAAAGUGAAGCCGUUCGUGAUGAAGUGGUGGUCCUGGAUUCGGAGUCGGAUUCGGAAUCGAUUCCGCCGUACGUGGUGGAUCCGGAUUUGGACUCGGACUCGGACUCAGACGGACUGGAGAGCUGGAUGAUUCUGGGUCGGGAAAAGGAGGAAGGAGAUCAGGACAUACAGCUGAACGUCUUGGCGGUCCGUAACAGGGAGCACUCAGAGUUUACCAGCGUCGGUGGAGACGAGCAGAACUGGGCCGUCUCAGACAAAGACAAGGAGGCUCAGAUCUUCAACAAAUCUCGAGGCUCGAGGCGCGUCUCUAAUCGCUACUACACCGAGAAGACGGUCACCUGCCGCAGCUGCAACAAGCUCGGCCACCUCUCCAAAAACUGCCCCACUCCCAAGAAGGCACCAUGUUGUUUGCUGUGUGGUCUUCAGGGCCAUUUGAUGAAGACCUGCCCGAACCGUCACUGCUCCAACUGCGCUCUUCCAGGUCACCUGUACGACGACUGUCUGGAGAGAGCGUACUGGCACAAACGCUGCCAUCGCUGCGCCAUGACGGGCCACUUCGCCGACGCCUGUCCAGACAUCUGGAGGCAGUACCACCUCACAACGAAGCCGGGUCCUCCGCUACAACCCCUUCAUCCUGACACUCACAGAUCUCCUGCAUACUGUUACAACUGCUCCAGGAUGGGACACUUCGGCCAUGAGUGCACAGAGAGGAGGAUGUUUAAUGGAACGUAUCCCACGCUGCCUUUCUCCUCCUCGUACGACACGGAGCACGACAUCAGACGGCGAGAGCAUCGAGCUCGCCUCCAAGCCAACGAGCUCCGAGAUGCCGGCCUCCUAGGUGAAGCCGACUUCACCCCGACUCCACAGCCUCCGCGGAAGAAAGCCAAAGACACACAUUUCCCUAAAGUCCCUCACACCCCCACCGGCGCUCACAUCCCAAAGAGACGCAUCGCCCACACACCCAAACACCCCCCUCAGACCACGCCCAAACCCAACACACACCUGCGCUGGCACGAGGACACGCCCGGCCCCAAGAACAAGAAGAAGAAAAAGAACAUGAACACGCCCGGACCUUACAGCGCGGCCACGCCCCGUUUUGAGGGCAAGAAGAAGAACAAGAACAAGAAACAGCACCCGAACGAGGAAGGGGACUUUCCCAGAAGCUUCCCGAAUAGUCCCUGUAACAAAGGAGCGCUCUUUCACACUCCUCCGUACAGAUGGAGGAAAAACCCGGGAGUGCUGUUCAGCUCGGAAAAGAGCAAGAAGAAGAAAAACAAGGAGGAGAAAAGAGCCAGAAAAGCAGCCCGGGACCCUGAGAACCUGUUUCUUAUCAAACAGAGGAAGCGUAGUAGAUAGUGUGUGUGUGUGUAAAGGUACGAAAGGAAAGUGUGUGUGUGUGAGAGAGAGAGAGAGAGAGAGAGAGAGAGUGGAAAAAUGAAUGAAUAUUAAGAGAAAAAUCUCUGGCGCGUCUUUGUCUCCCUCUAGUGUCCAUCUGCGGUAUUACACACAGCGACCUUCAGCAGCGUUUAUUCCAGACUUCAGAGAUGAUCAGAUUACUGUCCGAUGUUUUUCUUUAAACGUAAAAUUAUGCACAAUAAUAUAAAAUAUCGUUUAAAUCCUGUUCACACGACACAGUAAACACACAAAAACCUGUCCACAGCUUCAUCCGGAUCAUUUCCAGUGGGUUCAUCUCCGUUCCUCUGUGUGCGCUGCUCUCAGGAACGAUCCGGUCCGAGCUUCCUGCUGCUCUCAAGAACGAUCCGAUCCGAACUUCCUGCUGCUCUCAGGAACGAUCCGGUCCGAACUUCCUGCUGCUCUCAGGAACGAUCCGGUCCGAGCUUCCUGCUGCUCUCAAGAACGAUCCGAUCCGAACUUCCUGCUGCUCUCAGCUAUGAUCCGAUCCAAACUUCCUGCUGCUCUCAGGAACGAUCCGGUCCGAACUUCCUGCUGCUCUCAGGAACGAUCCAGUCCGAACUUCCUGCUGCUGAACAUCUGAGCUUGAAGGAGUUUUUGUGAGGUGAAAGAAACCGGAAGGAGAACCUCGGGUACUUGACUUUGUAGAAUUCUUUUAUUUAAUGUUGUGUACACGACUCUGAGAGAAAUAAAAACUGGACUGGGGUUUGUA